UUUUCUAUUAAAAAACUACCCUUAACGGAACACAGAUAUGGAUCAAAAGAAGAAAGCAAAGCAGAUCAUGGAUGAAAUUAAUGUAAAGGUUCAGGCCAUCCAGGACACAGACCCCACCAUUACUAUAAUAAAAACUCACAUUCUAGAUGCCAUUUCAAAGAUGGAUAAAGACACCAGAAGGAAGGAAACCAUUGGGAUUUUUGGAAGGACAGGAGAAGGGAAAAGCUCUUUAUUGAACGCAGUACUGGGACAGUUUUUACUGCCAUCUGGUGGUUUUGGUGCUUGUACAGCUGUUAUAACACAGGUGGAGGCAAAUCUGAAUGACUCCAACUACAUAGCAGAGAUUGAACUCAUUUCUAAAGAGGAAUGGGAUGUGGAGUUUGCUCUAUCCGAUGAAGUUGAGGAUAACCAAUUAACAGAAAUGCUUAAAGAAAGGAUCAUUGCCCUGUUCGGAGCUGAGGCAGAAGAGAAAACAUUAGAGGAGCUGAAGAGAGAUGACAAAUAUACUGAAAUUUACAAUGUUUUGUCUACCGGAAAGAAGAUCAUAUCACGCAGUGAUCCCACCGAGUUUGCCAGCGCUGUUGUAUGUUACUUAGAACAUAGUGUAGCAAAUGCUGGUGACUGUUUCUGGCCGCUUGUGAAGUGUGUGACGAUCAAAAUCCCAAACUGUCGUGAACUCUUGGAGCACAUUGUCCUUAUUGAUCUUCCUGGGACUGGAGACUGUGACAAGAUCAGAGAUGACCUCUGGAAAACUAAAAUAAGAGAGUGCUCCUCUGUGUGGAUUGUAAGUGACAUCAAGCGAGCGAUUACAGACAGAGACCCCUGGGAGAUAUUACAACACUGUAUUGAAGACUUGGGACCUGGAGGAGAAUGCAAAUACAUAAACUUCAUCUGUACUAAAACUGAUGACAUGAAACAAGUGGAAUACCUCAGAUCUGUAAGGCUUACCGAGGCCCAGAUUUCAGGACACGGUUUGGAUGUGAAAACAAAGUGCAUACUUCAUAGAAAUGACCUUGCAAAGAAAACAAUAAAACUAAAAUUGAAAAGUUCUAAAAGUGAGGAAUCAAAGGAAAGAUUCAACACUGAUGUUUUCACUGUAAGCUCCACAGAAUACUUUGAUCCAGAAUCACAUCUGAAGCAUGUUGAAACAGAGAUACCUAAACUGAGGGAUAUCCUGAUAAACCUUAACAAGAGCAUCAACCAAAAACUGACCAGAGAUUACAUCAAUGAAGCAAAAGGAAUUUUGUCCUUGAUCCAAAGUGUCCAACUGGAUAAAGAUAAAAACAUGACAAAAGCCAGAAUCCUCGAGGACCUGCAGACAAACGUAGUGAAGGAACUGAAGCUGCUGGAUGAUCAUUUUGAAGAUCUUUAUGAGAAUCUGAAGCGAUGUCUCUCAAAGGGUGUAGAAGAAUCAGUGAGAUUGUGUGUUAAGACCACACAGGACAUGUUAUCAUCUGUUCGGCCAAAAUCUAACAGAGGAUUCCACAAAAUCUUUCGAGCCAUGUGUGGGAGAGGAGGAUUCUACUGGCCAAGAAAAUGGAAUGAACCUUUAGAUUUAAACAAGUGUUUGACCAAACACAUGUACGACAGCAUUAAUGAGGAGUUUGUGUUGAUGUUUCCUGUUGAUGAUAAUAACAAAACAGAGAAAUCAAUGCAGGACAAGCUUGACAAGUUCAGCAUCAUCCAGUGUUUCUUGCCAACAUCUCAAAUGCUACAUCCUAUUCACAUCUUCAUCCAAACACAGGAAACCAAACUGAAGGCAUCACUCAGCAGAGUCAUCGUAGAAAAGAAAAAGGAAAUCUACUUAAUAAUCUAUACAGCCAUUGAGAGGAAAAUGGCUCCGGGCUACAAGAAAGCUGCAGGGAAAAAAGGAGGAGGAGCCAUGCAGAAGAUGGAAAAUGCAAUAAUGGAAACAAUCGAGGAGUUAAAACCUCAAAUGUUCAAUGAGGCAAAAGUAGAAAUGCUUGAGACGUUCAAUAACUUGAAGCUGCAUAUAAUGAAAACUCUUGAAUCAGAGCUGAAGAGUUCAGUGAAGCGCUCGCUUUCACAAAUCAGCAAAUUCAACCUCUUGGAUGUCACCGGAGAGAUUCAAGAGCUAGAGAAACUAUCAGCAGCAGUUUAAGGUCAAGCAGGAGCCCGUUCUUCCCCAGAAAAUGACCCCAUAGGUAGUUUGCGGGGUUUCCAGAUCUGUGUAAUAAAACCAGUCCAAUGACCAAUCAAAACUGGCCUUAUGACCUCAGCCCAAAUAGCAAAGCUCAAAAUAUGUCACUCCCAUACCUGAAAUGCACUUUUUACAGUCACUUAUGCAUUACACAAAAUUUCUUGUAUAGUAGUAAUCACAAACAUGGUUUGCUUUCAUAAAUAACUUAAUCUUCCCCUAAGAAUGAUAGCUAAUGAACAAAGCAUUUUAAGCGUUUUACUAUCUAAACGAAACUUGGCAAUGGAAAAGCGGUUGCUAUAGUUACACUAUAGAACAUAACUAUUAUUUACUUCAAUGGACCACAAAUGUAACAUUACAGCUACUAAAAAUAUUUGAGUUAUGGACAAUUUAAUUACAGGAAACAAAAUUCUGUGAAUAAUCGUGUGUCGUCACAUCAAUCAAUCGUCUCCAAGAGAGUAUUUCUAUUUCUAAAAAUGUGUUUGGUUACUUCCUCCUCCUCAAUGAACAUGAUUGAGACUUAAGGAAGCUUCCUUAAUAUUUUUACGUUAGAAUAGUUACUAAGGAGUUUGUAGCAGCACAUAACAGAACUUAAGGGAACUUUAGCAAUUAAGGAUAAAUAUGAAUUGACAGCCUCCAGACUCCUUUAUUGUUAACUUAAAGGUUUUCAUGCAACCGUGCACUGAAUUGUCUGUAUAUUACAAGGGAAAUUCUGACUUGAGAGUACAAACAUUUGUGUUGAAUUAAUUUAUUUCAACAUUUCACAUUAGAUUAUUUAAUUUAAUUUAUCAUUCAUUCCAUUAUAUAUGUUCUAACCUUUACACAUUUUUUGUUUCAUUCAUUUAUCAUAUAUUUCUUACUUUACCAUUUGUUAUUCUUAUUCUUCAUUACGGUUGCAUAUGUUGGACGCUGUAUUGUCUUUAUUAGAUAUGGGUCUCCAUCUCGUCAUAAGAAAAUGUUUUGAAGCCAUAUUUUUUUCCACUAUCUUACAUUAUAAUACAUUCCAUUCAAUCGAUUGAGCAUUGAAGCUAAACUCAGAUUAUUCUUCGUUUCUUGUCUGAUAUUCUGUCCUGCAUCUCUACCAACUGAGUUGAUAUCUCUGUGUAAUGGACAUUGUACAUGUGUGUGUUUCUAACACAAUUUUUUCAAUAUCCAGUUUGCAAAAUGUACUUUUCCAUUUAUGCAUGUGGCAGAUGCUUUUAUCCAAAGUGAAUUAUAGUGUAAGGUAUUCAUUUAUGUGUGGUCGCUGGGAUAUAACCCUUUGGAUAAAACCCAUUUUUUAUUAUAUGUUGAGUGUUUUAAAAAGAUGAAAAAUGUUAAUGUCUUUGUAACAACAGAGUUUAGUAUGUGAAGGGAACUGUGGGGUCUUAAGGGUGACUGUAUACUUUAAAAUAAGACAAAUGAGCAAAAUGUGUCUGUUAUUGUGUAUUGUUAUUAAAUGUGCUUUUGGUGAAUUUAGGCAUUUAAAAUUUUCAAAUGAAGUAAAUAAGACUAAUACAGAAAAAAUACCUGAUAAAAACAUGAAGCUUUAAAAUAAAAUCAG